AUGGGAACGAUUCAGGAACGAACUCACACAGUUGUCGAAGAUCACUAUGCCUCGGUGGAUUGGACUGAUCACGGACUUCGUCAUGGAAAUACACUGAUUCUGCGAGGCAUCCUAAGUGGCGAUGUCAGCCGUGGUUUAUCUCAAGGUUGCACCGCUCAAGCGGCUGACAAUCCCACGUUUCGCACUCACUACAGCGCUGCUUCUUGCCAAAUUGGUCAACUCACAUUCAUCAAGGGGGGACGAAUUCGUGAAGAAUCGGGUAUCACUCAUCCAGGAGCUCACUCAGUAUGCUCAUUGGCGAUUGGUACCAGACAAGGCGAAUCCUGCAGACUGCGCUUCUCAGGACCGUCUUGGCUCCAUCACGACAGCUUAUCAUGGCCUACUCACGUAUUAGAAAAGGACCUCAACGUAGACCUCGAGGGACAACCAGGAGAUGUACUACAUGUGCACGUGCAACCACUUGCUCUUUGGGAUCUCAUCGACAGAUAUUCAUCUCUCAACCGUCUACUCAGGGUCACCGCAAUCUGCCGAAGAUUCAUCGCUCGGCUUAGGAGAGUUCCGAACUUUUCUCUCCAUCAUCCACUCACUCUCGGUGAUCUUGAAGAGGCCCGCAUCAUCUGGAUCAAGCUCACUGAGGCCGCUCACCUCAAGGACCAACUCCGGACCAUCUCACCUGGUGAGAGAUUCACUAAAUCUCACUCUCUCAACAAGCUCACAUCCUUCAUUCAUCACCAAGGGGUCUUAAGAGUUGGAGGUCGGCUCCAGUUCGUUCAUAUCAAUCCAGAGAGCAGAAAUCUGGCAAUCCUUCCGAAGGAAUCUCAACUGGCCCAAUUACUCAUCGGACAAGCUCAUCUUCAAACGCUCCACGGGGGCACUCAACUCACACUCAGCCAGCUCAAGAGGAGCUACUGGAUACUCGGAGGCCGGGCACCAGUACGCUCCUUCAUUCUCAGGUGCAUAAAAUGCGCUCGCCAACGUAGAGCGCGCGCUCAACAGCUCAUGGGCCAGUUGCCACCAGCUAGACUCACCCCCGCUCGAGCCUUUCUCAACACUGGAGUCGACUAUGCCGGCCCAGUGUCUCUCAGGUCAUGGAAAGGGCGGGGUCACACAUCGUACAAGGGCUGGGUGGCAAUCUUCGUCUGCAUGACCACCUCAGCGGUUCAUCUCGAGGUCGUGUCAGACUACUCAGCGGAAGGAUUCAUCGCAGCCUAUGGUCGGUUCACGAGUCGUCGUGGGAUCUGUGCACCUCAUUUCGGAGGAAAAUCGGAAGUGGCGGUAAAGUCGGGGAAGUUCCAUCUCAACCGUACCAUCGGCGAGGAUCUGCUCACCUUCGAGGAACUCACCAUCUUCCUGGCCCAGAUCGAAGCUGUACUCAACUGGCGACCAUUGCAACCGCUCAUUGAUGACCCUGAAGACUGCUCAGCCUUGACACCAGGUCUUUUCCAGAUUCUGGAUGAGUCGUGGGGUCAGGCUCCCACGACUCAUCCAGAACCAUAA